UGCUCGUUUUGGCUUAAAGCCUUAAACCAUCGUGACUUCAUGUAUUGGAAGAUUACCCCUCCCUCUUUUGCUGCUCCUGUGUUGCAUUUAAGACUUGUAAUUUGGGCAAAAAGGGUCGAGUUGCUCUAGAGAAGACGAAGCAUGGAGGAAGAAUUCGAAGACGACAUACCUUGUUCUUCCAUUGCUGUUGAUUCCAUCACUCGUUUCGCAACGGCAGGAACCAUCUGGGGUUUGUGUAUAGGUCCAUACGAUGGUCGGAAGAGAGGUCUUGCUGGCGUUGCUCGUGCAUCUUUUGUGGUAAAGUCAGCUGGCAGAUAUGGCUUACAAUCUGGUAAUUCCCUCGAUGUGGAAUUUUGUAAUAUAGCAUGGUGUUUGUGAAUUGCUUUUUAUCAUUGGGUAUCUUAUGGGCAUCUCUGAUGCUACCGGCAGAAAUAGGAAGGAGAAACAAGGCUGAUUGAUUUCUUGUUUUAGGCCAGUUUUGUGUAACCUGCAACUCUUUAUUUAUUUCUAAAUCCUGAUCUGUUUAGCCUGAAACAUUACCAAUCAUCUCUGUUCAUCUGUCCUCAAAUUCCCUAUCAGUGCACUUUUUGUUCCAGUUAUGAUUUCAUACCCAUUUCAUUUCCUACUAGUGAAUCUGUUGUUCCAAUUAUCAUUUCAUACCCAUUUCAUUACCUUGCUCUCUUCUGGCCGCUAGCUAUUUUCAGUCCAAUUACACCCUGCUAUACGUAACUCUCAUUUCCCCUCUUUAGCUACUAGCACUUUUGAGCCUAAAACCCUGAUUAGGGGUAGGGUUUCCAUAGUGCCAGUGUGCCACCAAUCUCAGACUACU